AUGAUUAAGGUUCCGGUCCGAAAAGGUAGUGGUGUGAACGCUCACUCAAACGAAGAAGACGCUCUAUCUCUUUUGCCCUCGCCGGAACUUAUGCAGUUCACCGACGGAGACGACGAUGACGACUUCCAGAUCCCUCCUUCCACUCAGCUUUCGAUACGAAAACCCCUUCAGCCAACCAACCGUAACAUCUCUCAGCCCCCUCCAAAGAAGAAGCCCAGGCUAAGCCGUAAUCCGGGGAAGGAGAAUGUUGCUCCGACUCCUGAAUUUAGCUCCGACCCAGAUUUCUCAUCUGGGAAUUACGCGCCGAGUGCGGAUCUUCUGGGCUCUUCUUCUACUCCAGUGUGUAGCUUAUUAGAUUGUAUCCCGUCGAGUGUUGAUUGCUCAGCUGGAGAUUUCGGUGAGCCUGUAUACUCUCUCGGUGUGGAAACAGAAGACGAACAAGUUUUAUUUGAUACAAAGGAGAGGGAUGACUGUUUUAAGGCGAAUCGGGAGGGUUAUUUGUGCAAUUCUAUGGAGGCUAGGUUAUUGAAGUCGAGAAUUCAACUCAGGUUUGACGGUGGAAUCCAUGAGGACGAAGGGUUUGUUGAGUCCGACUCUGAGCUUGACGUGUUGAUAAAGCUUUGCUCUGAGGGUAACAGUGGAGAGUGUAGUGUAGGCAAGGACGAUUCGAUUCAGUGCCCGCUGUGUUCAAUGGAUAUCUCAGCUUUGAGUGAAGAGCAGAGGCAAGUUCAUAGCAAUGAGUGUCUUGACAAGUCACAUAAUCAGGCUCCUGAAAAAGACUCUCCGAGGAAAUGCGAGAAUUCCUCAUCUUUUAUUGAAGAAUCUGUUGAUGAUCCAGUUCGGCAUCCACAGCUAGUUAAUGAUCAUCUCACUCCGGUGCUCAAAUGGCUUAGGAGUCUAGGCUUAGCUAAAUAUGAAGAUGUGUUUCGUCGUGAAGAGAUCGAUUGGGAUACACUUCAGUCACUCACAGAGGAGGAUUUGCGAAUUGACGAGGUUAUAACUCCACAGGAUCUCCUGAGCAUCGGUAUCACGUCACUUGGUCCCAGAAAGAAGAUUGUGAAUGCGCUUAGCACACUUAGAGAAGAAGCCUGUGCUGAAGCGCAGGCACGGUCUCUUUGUGGAAGCAGCCGUGUUACAGAGAGACAGAGGGACAAGUCAACCAAUCGUAAGGCAAGUGAGCCCAAGAAACCAACAGCCAACAAGUUGAUUACAGAGUUUUUCCCUGGUCAGGCCACCGGCAGCACGAAGAUCCGUAAGUCCCCUAAAGAAACUGCCACCGAAAAGAGUCCAUCGGAUUCGGGAUGUCGACGUGCUGUGAGAAGAAAUGGCAACAAUGGAAAAUCUAAAGUCGUUCCACAGUGGAAUUGCGUUCCGGGGACACCUUUUCGAGUGGACGCAUUCAAGUACCUCACACGCGAUUGUUGCCAUUGGUUUCUUACACACUUUCAUCUCGAUCAUUAUCAAGGUCUGACAAAGUCAUUUAGUCAUGGGAAGAUAUACUGUUCCUUAGUUACCGCAAAGCUGGUAAAUAUGAAGAUUGGGAUCCCUUGGGAGAGACUGCAAGUCUUGCAGAUUGGCCAGAAGGUUAAUAUUGCGGGCAUUGAUGUGACAUGCUUUGACGCAAACCACUGCCCUGGAUCCAUCAUGAUACUCUUUGAAGCAGCCAAUGGUAAGGCUGUUCUACAAACGGGAGAUUUUCGGUAUAGUGAAGAGAUGUCAAACUGGCUAAUGGGUUCGCAUAUCAGCAUUCUUAUCCUUGAUACUACAUACUGUAACCCCCAGUAUGACUUUCCAAAGCAAGAGGCGGUAAUACAGUUUGUUGUCGAGGCUAUACAAGCAGAAGCUUUCAAUCCCAAGACCCUUUUCUUAAUUGGAAGUUACACCAUAGGAAAGGAGAGGCUGUUCUUGGAAGUUGCACGUGUGCUACGUGAAAAGAUCUACAUCAACCCUGCGAAACUAAAACUCCUCGAGUGCUUGGGGUUCUCCAAGGAAGAUAUGCAGUGGUUUACAGUGAAGGAAGAAGAGAGCCACAUUCACGUUGUACCCUUGUGGACACUUGCCAGUUUUAAACGGCUGAAGCAUAUAGCUAACCGCUACACAAACCGAUACAGCCUUAUCGUUGCAUUCUCUCCUACUGGCUGGACAUCUGGUAAAACCAAAAAGAAGUCUCCUGGAAGAAGGUUACAACAGGGUACUAUAAUAAGGUACGAGGUUCCAUACAGUGAGCAUAGCAGCUUCACAGAGCUGAGAGAGUUUGUGCAACAAGUGUCGCCUGAAGUUAUCAUACCGAGUGUUAACAACGAUGGACCCGACGCUGCAGCUGCAAUGGUGUCUAUGUUGGUUUCUUAG